ACUGUUUACUUCCACACUUCCUUGAACCACCCUGGCAUCGCUGCCGUCGUGGAAGUGGUGGUGACGGUCGGGAAAGGGGACGAGGCCGCUCAGCAGCUGUCCUGCGGCUUUGGACUCAUCCCCCUCUUCGGCAGCGGGUCGGAGGCGACAGACCCAGCCACCGAGGACAGAGUACUGAAGCUGUACCAUGGAACGCCACGCGCCUUACUGCACCCGCGCUUCCAGGACCCCAUGGAAAAGAACAAAUACCUGACGGUGAUGGAGAAGAGCCACCUGCAGUACUCCCUGAAGCCCCACCAGCCCUUGGAGACCAUAUUUCACCUCCUUCCUGAAAACCUUCUGAUGUCUGGGCUGCAGACCGUUCCCGGCUUGCUGCCAGCGUAUGGAGACGCGAGUGACUGCUUGCAGAAACCCCGGCUGAUGAAGCCAGUCACCUGCUACCUGGAGAGACUGUCUGUCCGGCUGUACCCUUCCUUGGAGGAAUUUGAGGAAGAACUGCUGGACUUGCUGAACAGCGAUCGCUUACUUCAGGCUAAUGCCGCUCCGGAUGGCAACGAGGUGGCGGUUCGGGAGCGGCGGCUGCACGUCGGAGUCCACAACGGCCUGCGCUUUGUCCAGGUGCCACAGGUGGCCGUGCUGGUGCCGGAGGCGGAGGCGGCGCAGGGCAGCUGCAUGGAGGUGCCUGGCUCCGGAGCCAGGGGUGCAGGUCAAGCCCUGGUCCUGAGGAGCCGCAUCCACCUGAGCGAAAUGGUCCCUCACCCAGCGUUCGGAGUCUGCUUCCAGCUGGAGUACGUCUUCUGCAGCUCGGGGAGAGCCGGCAGGAAG